CUUUGGCGCCCCCUGUUGGCUUGCCUGCUUAUCACAUCCGGGUGAAAGCGCUGAGCAGCAGCAUCGUGCUGGUCACCUUGUAACUAACCAGCACCAGUUAUGCCUCUAAUAGUAAUGUGUGGGUACCCGUGUAGUGGGAAAACACGGAGGGCAGAAGAGCUGAAGGCGCAUUUUGAAGAUACCACCGACCGUCAGGUUCACACUGUUGGAGACGGAGCUCUGGGCGUUGAUAGAAACCGUGUUUACGCAGAUUCCCAACAGGAGAAAGAUGCCAGAGCAUCUCUAAAAGCUGAAGUAGAGAGGAAGGUCAACAAGGACAACAUUGUAAUCUUGGACUCAUUAAAUUACAUAAAAGGUUACCGCUAUGAACUGUUCUGCCUUACGAAGCAUGCACAGACACCACACUGCCUGGUUCACUGUUUGACGUCAGGUGAGGACAGCUCAUCGUGGAACAAAAACAGAGAAGCUGCAGAGCAAUACAGCCAGAACAUCUUUGAAGCAUUAGUUCAGAGGUUUGAAGCACCAGACUCCAGAAACAGAUGGGACAGCCCUCUCUUCACAGUCCUAAAAGACGACAUCCUUCCUCUUGAAGCCAUUUCUGAUGCGCUUUUUAAAAGAAAAGCCCCCCCACCGAACCAGUCUACACAGAGCCAACCCCUCUCCUCAACAAACUUCCUGUAUGAGUUGGACAAAAUCACACAGGAUGUUUUAAUGGCAAUUUUUAACGCCCAGAAGACGAGUGUUCCCGGGGACCUUAUCUCAGUUCCAGGAGCUACAGAAAAGGUGGAGCUGACCAGGAUCGUCAACAUGGCAGAGCUGAGGAAACUACGGCGCCAGUUCAUCUGUUACAGCAAGAUGCACCCGACGGAGAACACGGGCCAGAUUUCCAACAUGGUGACAGCAGUGCCAAAGAUCCGAUCCCAGUGGCUGAAGAAGGGAGCAUAGUUGCUGCUCGGCUUCUGGUGGUGCAUGUCGUGGGCAGGGGCGCCCCCCAGCAGACCAAAAGGCACCAGGCGGUUCAGGGUCCAGGGCAGGUCGUACCCUAUGUGGUCCUCCACGGACAUCCAGAUGCUGAAAA